CCCCCUCGCCGCCACUUCGCGGAAGCCACCAUCAAACAUGGCGGACCUCAACCGCCAGCUGCAGGAAUAUCUGGCGCAGGGGAAAGCGGGCGGCCCGGCGGCCGCGGAGCCACUGCUCGCCGCGGGAGAGGCGAAGGAGCCCACGGCGGAGGCCGGGGCGUGGUUGAGCCGCGCGGGCCUGCGCUGGACGUGGACACAGAGCCCCGCGGAGCCGGCGGCGGGACAGACGUGCCUGCCCAGCGUGACGCGCACUCAGCGGCUGGCGGCGAGUGGCGUGUGCCUGCUGCUGGCUGCGCUCUGCUUCGGCCUGGCCGCACUCUACGCGCCUGUGCUGCUGCUGCGCGCCCGGAAGUUCGCGCUGCUCUGGUCGCUGGGCUCGGCGCUGGCACUAGCGGGAGGCACACUACUGCGCGGCGGCGCAGCGUGUGGACGCCUGCUGCGCGGCGAGGAGGCGCCCUCGCGGCCCGCGCUGCUCUACGUGGUCGCGCUAGGCGCGACGCUGUACGCGGCGCUGUGUCUGCGGAGUACGUUGCUCACAGCGCUGGGCGCCUGCGCACAAGUGGCCGCACUGCUGGCCGCCUUGCUGGGCGUGCUUCCCCGGGGCGCGGGCACCGCUCUGCGCAUCACGCUCGGGCGCUUGGGCCCGGGCGCCGCCCUCGCCAAGGCGCUCCCCGUUUGAGGCCCGCGGCCCGCGCCGUCGGAAGGACGCAGAAUCCGUCCCCAGGAUGCGCCACCGAGAGGACACGGGCAACCGGCUCUAGGCCCAGCGCCAGCCAAACCAAGGACUGCGCCUGUCCGUUCCCAGACCGCCCGGGGUAGAAGCUGCUACUUUACUGUGCCAGCGAACUGUAAACUGAGACACGAGCAGUUUGGGAAGCUCCUCGAUUUCAGCAUUUUGUGCUACACUCGGCAGAAGUGCUGUGAAAACCAGAUUUUGUUUCGAAUUGGUGAUACGCUAUGAAACAUUAGUGAUAAAUUGCUUUUGCGUUAACCGUGGUCUUAGAUUACACAGUAAAACAAGAAAAAAUAGCUUUUCCGUUUUGAUUGACUGCCCUUGUUUUCCCGGAUUUCUUUCGCGUUUUGUCACCUAAGAAAAUCCAGGGGUAGAUCGAAGUAGCUUAGUACCAGUAAACGUGCUUUCUUUUGCUCUUGGAAGUUUUUUCCCGUAUUCUUCAACGUGAGUGUAUCCAUAGGAGUUAGCAGAUUAAAUGCUGACUUUAGCCACUGGAAUUUUUUCAAGUGCUUUAGUUAAUACGGUUUAUCUCAGUUUUCUCUUAUUUUAGUGAAAUUGUUAACAUGAUGUCUUAUAAAAUUAGAGGACAGUUGGUUCUGCAUUACAUAAGGAAACCAGGGACCAAGAAGCAUGGUAUCCAGUAAGGUGCACGUAAAUGCUCAGAGGUCUAUGGACAGAACUCAGCUAAGGAAACACCUGGGAGACAGGAAGAUAAUUCCACAUCCAGUUAUCUACUGGAUGGAAACCAUGGAUUUCUACAAGGUCUAGUUUUUCAUUCCUAGUUUUAUGAUGUGCUUUUGAACCCAUAGUUUACACUUUAUAUUCUGAUCUUAAUGGAAUGUAAGGUGCUUUUCAUAUCUAAUUGCCAAAUUUUCUUCUUUUAGAUUUAGCACCUUGGUCUAGGACUUAACGUUAAUUUAUUGCCAGAAAGAAUGGGCUCAGUAUUCUGGUUAAGUCCAUAAAUAAAACGUUUUGUCACUAGCUACAUAUUAACUAGGAAGUAAACUGUAUUUUAAAAGUUUUAAUCCUAUGCCAGUGCUUCUUAGUUCACAUGAGAGUUA